AUGCCGUCGAAGGGAAAGAAAAGGAAAGGCAAGGGUAAAGGCAAAGACAAGAAGAAGGCAGGAAAGCCAGAUGAAUCUGUGGUACAGAGAGCCAAGGCCAAUGCCUCUCUUUGGGAAGCCAGGUUGGAAGUCACAGAACUCUCCAGGAUUGAGUAUCGUGAUACUUCCCGGAGAUUGGCAAAAAGUAAUGAGGACUUAAAGCAACAGCAAUAUAGAAUGGAGAAAGACACAAUGUCUGUAUUAAACUACCUGAAGAAACAGGAUCAGGAAAAAGAUAAUAUGAUUGAAAAACUGAAACAGCAAUUGACUGAAACACAGGAAAAAGCCCAAGAAGAGAAGGAAAAAUUGGAACAAAAAUACACUAUGCAAAUAAGUGACCUGGAAGGACAAUUUCAUUUAAAAGCUAAAGAAAUUGGCAUGAUUCAGACAGAACUGAAAACGAUAAGACAGUUCCAGAAAAGAAAAAUCCAAGUGGAGAAAGAAUUAGAUGAUCUAAAAGAGAAUUUAAGGAAUACAGAGCGGAAACAUCAGGAGACUCUUAAAAGAUUGGAAGGCAGGUUUUUUGAAGAAAAGAAUCGACUAGAACAAGAAGCUGAAAAGAAAAUAAUAAUGUUGGCAGAGAGAGCCCACCAUGAAGCUGUUGUGCAAUUGAAUAAUGCUGGAAAAACUGUUUUUAAAGAGAAUGUUUAUCUCCAGAAAGCUCUUGCAUACCAUAUGAAGGAAGCUGAUGAUCUUCAAAAACACUCCCAGAGGUUGCAGGAGACUCAUCGUUACCUUGUACAGGAGAAGGAGGUAAAUGACUUGUUGGUUAAGGAAAAAAUUAUGCAACUUAACCAGCAGAAAUCACAAAUCCAAAGUCUUCAGAAAAAGGUGAUAAGCUUGGAGACUGCCUUGACUUGUAUGACCAGAGAGUUUGAGGCUGAAGUUUUAAAACUGCAGCAGCAAGCAACCAUAGAGAACCAAGCGGGUCAAGUAGAAAUUGAAAAGCUACAGCAACUUCUUAAAAUGAAGGACAGAGAAAUGAAUCGAGUGAAGAAGCUGGCCAAGAACAUACUGGAUGAGAGAACAGAGGUGGAAAAGUUCUUUUUGGAUGCGCUACACCAAGUAAAGCAACAAAUUCUAUUUAACAGGAAGCAUUAUAAGAAGAUAGCACAAACUGCUUUCAAUUUAAAAAUGAGAGCAGCAUGUGCAGGAAAAGCAGAAUAUCCCAAAAUUCGAACAUUUGAUGGCAGAGAGCAUAGCACCAAUAGUGUGAAUCAGGAUCUUAUGGAGGCUGAGAAAUGGACAAAUACUCAAGGAAAUGUGGAUAUUGGAGACUUGACCUGGGAGCAGAAGGAAAAAGUCUUGAGACUGCUCUUUGCAAAAAUGAAUGGCUUUGUUCCUAGGAAAUACAGCCAGAGUUGUAAGCCUCCAGUUCCAGACUAUAUUGUUUCUGACAAUGGAGAAACAAAGGAAUUUGGGGAUGAAAGUAAGUUUCAAGAUCAAACCUUCAUCACCCAGCAAAUCCCAGUAUCAGACUCUGCUAGUGAACUGGUACCACCCAAUAAUCAGAAAGGAUCACAAAAACCUGACAUGUAUAAUGCAGAAUCUGAGACAUGGGAUCACAUCAGAGCAAAAAGAAAGAAUUGA